GAAUUAAUUUAAGAGAGCCUUCGAGGCUUCUUCGACCCACCAGUCCGUAACCGUGAACCCAACUCUUUGACUCCUGCCCAGUUUCCUUAACUCCAAACACUGCCUUUCUCGCUAGACCCGGCUCCUCCUGUCUCAACUUCUCCACUCUCAGACCACACCUCUGCAGUCUGUACAGCCACGAACAAGAACCUCAGAGAGAUAUCGAGCCAAGCUGUGAUUCUAUUCGGAGGGAGGGUCAAGAUUUGAUGUCAGUAGGACAAAAAGGCCAUCAACGGCUCAACGAAUCUUCAUCUGCAUAGCAGUAGUAUCCCAUUGAAAUCUCUUCUUCUCUGGUACGAAGUCAUAGCUGCCGUGGCUCUUUUGUAGUUGGGGGCGGCGUCAAACCAACAGAAUAUCUUGUUUUGCUUGAUCUUGUUUUCUUGAUUCGUGGGAACCUUAAAAAAAUGGUGGUCUCAAGUAAUAAUCCUCACAACAAGGAGAUACUGGUCAGAAGAAGGAUUGCUAGCAUAUUUAAUAAGCGAGAAGAGGAUUUUCCAUCGUUGAGGGAGUACAAUGAUUACUUGGAGGAAGUAGAAGACAUGAUAUUUGACUUGGUUGCUGGAGUUGAUGUCCCUGCUAUUGAAGAAAAAAUUGCAGAGUAUCAAAAAGAAAAUGCAGAUCUAAUAUUGAUUAAUCAAGCUCGGAAGGCUGAAGAAUUGGCCUUAGCUAUGGCAGCAAGCAAGGGAUCUCGUGCACAAACUGAUAAUACUGAUGGGAGCUCCCAGGGAGGCAUCAGUGUUGAAGCUGGGCAGUAUGCACCUACAAUUGCUGGAGGGCAGCCUCGGCCAAUAGGCAUUGCUCCACAACCAGUGCCUCUCAGAGGAGGGCCAGACAUGCACGGAUAUGCAGAAGAUGAGGAAACAAUGAGGAUCCGAACAGAGAGGGCGAGUAGCGCCGCUGGGUGGAGCAUAGAGUUCAGCAAGAAAAGGGCAUUUGAGGAAGCCUUUGCAAGCAUUUGCGUGUAGAUUGUACCACGUGACCAUCCUUUGCCAAGCUGCGGUGGUUUCACUGACUCUAGCCUGUUGCACAUGUUAUGAGGUGGAUUGUUAGUUUUCCCCUGCUAGUACAUCUUUGUUAAAGCAGGUUUUGGAGGCAUUCUGCAUGGAUUUUAUGGUGUAAAUUAUUCUGCAUCCAGGGUUGCCAGUGGAGAUGGUAUUAGAUUCUCCUAGUCAAUUCUCAGUGGCUUUAGAAGCUUAAUUGCCCAAUACAAGAGAGUUACCCUAA